UAAACAAAAAUGGCAGCCACGGGAACAACUGCAGCCACACCGAAGCUUUUUGUGCGUUUUUCUUAUUGUUUUUCUAAUUUCCGGGCGUGCUUUUGUAGUUCGAAUGCUUUGUGAAGUUACGCAUCAUCCGACAAAGUGUUUUCGGGACGUUUUUUGAACGAUGUCCAAAAGAGAAACGCAAAAAACAAGCGGAAGCGUGUAUCUCUGGUUUGAAAACAAACAUCCGCUCGAGCGACGCGUCUGUAUGUGAUUUCAUUCUGUCGCGUCAAUGGCACAAAUAUGAAGAAUGCAUGAAAAAAGCAGCCCGUAUAGACCCAAGCUUUUCCACUGGUUCAAGAGGGAGCGAUCCGGAUAAGAUGUAGCGUUUGGAUGUGUCGCCGUGGUGAAACAAACGAGUCAUGGACUUUAGCCUGGGCGCGACCUGAGAGCUGAGGAUACAUGAUCAUGGGUUUGGUCAAUGUCGUGAUCUCCACAGUAGGAAAAUGCUUGGACACGGCGUGUCUGUUGCUGGACCUGAACUUUCUGGUCGUGCACACUGUGGUACAGACCAUACUGGCGGUCGUCGCCUUCAUAAACAGCCUCCCUGCACUGCUCCUCGGCUCGCUGCUGGAGCUGGGGAACCUGACAGUGUUCUGCCUGGUGUCUCUGGCUGAGGCCACGUCAAACCUUGCCCACGGGUCGGUGUACCUGCUGGGGACCUUGCUGCUGGCUUUGGAGGGGCUGCUGGAGAGCCUGAAGAUGGUGGGUUACCUGUCGCUGCACUGCGUCCUGCGCGGGAAGGAUCACCUGUGUCGAGGCUUGCUGGCCGUGCUGGAGGGCUGUGGCAUCGCCGUCAGCCUGGUGGUCUACUUCACCAACACGGUGGUAAAUUAUGCGCUGAUUGCCAUGCAGAACCUGUACCUGGCUGUGGUCGGUGCGUGGCAGACGGUCUCCGCCCCGCUGCAGAAGCUGGUGGAGCUCGCGCUGACCACGCUCACCUUUCUGCACAGCACCCUGGUCGGCACGUCGGCUCUGCUUUGGUCUCCCUGUAAGCUGGUUUUGGACUUCCUGGUUUCACUGGUGCACAUGUUCGUCAGCAUCUUCAUCCUAAACAUCUAUGGCCUCGUUCUCACGGUCACCAUCACGCUGACGACCACCGCCUACCUGAACCCGGGACUGACCCAGCAUGCAGCGCUGCAGAUCGUGGACUACCUGAACUCCUUCCCCACCCUGCGCCGGCUGUACAGGCGUCUCCUCCGCCUCACAUCAGUUUUGCGGAGAACCCCGCUGGUCGUACGGAGAAGCAUGCACCACCUGCAGUCGAUCGCCCAUCGCCUCUACCUGCUGGAGAGAGGGCUCUGGCAGCAGCUGUCGCAGCACAGCAGCCAGCUGGGCCUGGCGCUGCGGACGCAGCUGAACCGGCACAGUGACAACGACAGAGCGCGAGGCGAUGGCGACGCAGCGGAGGAGAGGCGAGACCCACCAGAUGGACGAGCUGGAGAGGCAGCCCACCAGGAGCCGCAGGAUACAGUUUCCCCCUCAUCGAGCAGAGACAGACCACUGAAGAAGCAGUUGUCCUCGGGGACAGAAAGCAAAGCUGCAUCAGAUGAGAAUCUGCUGACUCUUUUGAAGGAGCAGGAGGAAAGGAAGAAGUGCGUGAUAUGUCAGGACUUCACCAAGACGGUGGUGCUGCUGCCAUGCAGACACCUGUGUCUGUGUCGAGAGUGCACCAACAUCCUCCUGAGGCAGCCGAUCUACCAACAGAACUGCCCACUCUGUCGCCACAUGAUCCUCAACACCAUGGAUGUUUAUCUAUGAGAGACGGAGAGAAGCGGUUCGAUACGCGUCUGACUAUCAGUAUCUCAGCUCUUCAGAUCAGUUGCCACUGAAAUAAAGCAUGAAUGACUGUAUUUAAUGUGAUGCCUUGGUGGGGGGAGGGAGGGGGGGGGGGGUGUUGAUGUUUUCAGCAUAAGGCCAGAAUGAGACCAAAAAUAGCAAACUCUUCUCAGCACUGACUUAUGCAACAAGCCUGAAAUCCGCUCACUACCCUAAAAUAACUGUGAUCUAAAGCGUGGAACAAAAGUUGCAGUAAAACAAACAAAAAAAAAUGGUGUGCACAGUGGGAAAUCUUGGUAAUUAAUAAUAAUAAUUAUUCCAGUUCUGACUGUUUUGAGGUUUAUUGAACUAGAUUUAGACAAUAAAGUAGAUAUUGCUGUUAAAACAUAAGCUGAAAUAUGUGGCCUGUGCUCUUUAAAAAGCACCAUCAGUGUCCAUACUAUACAAAAACUGUUUACCUUCAGUAAGUUUUCAACACUAUUUUUGCAGCUAACAUGCAAGAAAUCCAUUAGCUGCCUCAAUAAUUUUACCAUCAUGUAGAAAUUAUUCAGUUAGGCAGGCUGAUGGGUUUAAAAUUGGUACUAAAUUAUUUUACCACUGGCCAUAUUGAGUGUUUUUUUCCUCACAAGUUUGCCACUCUUUGCCUUAUCAUUUUUUGUGGUUUUUUUCUGUUUAGUCUGUACAGUUAGUGUGGCGUCAGCAAAAGACUGCGGUCUGCUUCGGAUAUGAGAUGUCCGUGUUUAUUACAGUGUUGCCACGUUGAUGCUGAAAUGUUUACUGCCGCUGAUGUCUUAAAAGAUUGUGCUUCUAGUGGGCCAAACUGUGAAAGAGAAAAGGAGGAAACAUUACAUUCUGCUUUACCAUAGAUUAUUCUUCACAUGCUGUAUGUACGAAUGCUCUUCAACUAUGUUUAAACCUCCUCCUGUGAACAAUGACCACUUUUGAUUUCUGCUGCAUUUCAGUUUUUUUUUUUGUGAGGUUUUUCUUUCUUUCUUUUUUUUUCGUUUUUUUUUUUUUUGGUAUUGGGGGAUGAUUUGGGGAUUUUCCAGUCAGGCUGCAUUCCUCUUAGUUCUAUUGAUAGGGCUUUUUCCAGUCUUCCAGUAGAGGUGUGUUACAGUCACCACUGAUAGAUAAUCUAUAAAUGGUUUUCCCUUUCUUUUGACAUUGUAAUAAAAACAGAUCUCUGCCAUUUAAAAGGACCAUAAACUAAUAAGGUUUUAUUCUAUAGAUUGUAUUUCUUUCUCUGUUUGCUGUUUAAGCUGGGGUGUUGGUAUUGAUCGGUGUUUGAAGUUCACAGGGCACCACUGAUUGAAUUAUUAUUGACGAGUCAGAUUAGUGAGAAGGUUAAAGUGCCACCUGUCAUUUGGGUCCACUUGGUUUUCAAAAAGCUUUUUUUAAUUCCUUCAAAUAAUUUAAUGAUUUCAUGAAAGAUGACUUUUAUGCAUAGUUGGUGCGUCUGCAGUUAUGCAAAGCUGAUGUUCUUCUGUUCCCGGCAGAGGUAUCAGGAACGAACGUGGCCUGAAUGUCAGCGGUUGCUUUGAGUGAUUUCUAGAGAAUGUAGUUUUUGUACACUGUUCCUCUCAGGUACCAUACUACCCCCCCCCCCCCCCCCCAUAAAGAAACUGAUGGCAUUACUUCAUAAAGAUGAUGAUGAUGGACUCAAAAGUUACUCACAGAGCCAUGACCUGUAGCUCCCUGCAGGAUGUUUGACCUAUGUGACCAAUCUGAGGGUGUGAAUGUAUUUUUGUUUUCUUUUUUUAAAGAUGUAAUUGUGUUUGGAAUAAAACAACAAUCCGACU